AUGUCACUCCUAAUUAAGUCAGAUUAUUGGAUAUCACAACAAAAGCAUUGGUGUCAAUAUUGCCGCAUUUAUAUUGCGGAUAAUAAACCCAGCCGUACAAUGCAUGAACAAGGUAAAAAACAUAAAGAAAAUGUUGAAAAAUUUUUACGUGACAUUCGUCGUAGAGAUCAUGAAAAUCGAAAGGAAGAUGAAAAAACCAAACGAGAAUUAGAUAGGAUUGAAAGGGCGGCAAUGAAACAAUAUAAAAAAGAUAUCAUACUUGAAGCACCGGGGGCUUCAAUGGCAACAUUUACGUCUAAAAGUAACACAAAAGCACCACCUGGUAAAAGUUCGCUUAGUGAACAUGAUAUGAUAUACGCAAGUUCAGGUGCAGAAUCUUCUUCGUAUAUACCACCAGCAGAUUCAUUUGAUCCAACAGAAUUAAAUAAAAAAUCUGGUUCGGGUGAUGGUACUGAGGUAGUGAUUGGAGAGUGGAGACCUGUGACUCCACCAGCUGUUCCUCAAAAGAGUCAAGUUGAUAAUGAAUCAAAAUCUCAAGAGACAAUUCCUCAGGAGGAUGAUGAGGAUGAAGAAGAUCCAGAUGAUCUGAGGAAUUUUAAAGUGGUUGAGAAAACAUUUCCAUUGGAUAAUCAAAUACCCGAAGAUUCUAUAAAGGAUGAAGAUUCUAGUAAAGUUACUUUCAAGAAAAGAAAAUUUGCAGGAAAAGUCAAAACAAGGAAUAUCAGGAAAAAACCCAGUUAA